GAAUCCUAAAAAAUGUACCCUUUUAAAAAAAAAAAAAUACAUCUAUUUUUUAAUCACCGGACUUUUUUUUUUUUUUUUCCUGCUUUAUUCGGGUAGUAAGCUUUUUUACACAUACAUAUAUAUCUCUCUCUCUUCUUAUUCAACAUGCAAACAAUCAAAUGUGUAGUUGUUGGUGAUGGUGCAGUUGGUAAAACAUGUCUCUUGAUUUCAUAUACGACCAACAAAUUCCCUUCUGAAUAUGUUCCUACUGUGUUUGAUAAUUAUGCAGUGACGGUCAUGAUUGGAGAGGAACCUUAUACAUUAGGAUUAUUUGAUACAGCGGGGCAAGAAGAUUACGACCGUCUUCGACCUUUAUCGUACCCACAAACGGAUGUUUUCCUUGUCUGUUUCUCAGUGACAUCACCUCCUUCCUUUGAGAACGUAAAAGAGAAAUGGUUUCCCGAAGUGCAUCAUCAUUGUCCUGGCGUACCUUGCUUAAUUGUUGGAACACAGGUUGAUUUAAGACAGGAUCCAACCAUCAUCGAGAAACUGACACGACAAAAGCAGAGACCCAUUUCCUUUGAGACCGGUGAACGUCUGGCUCGUGAAUUGGGUGCUGUGAAAUAUGUAGAGUGCUCAGCACUGACACAAAAGGGGUUGAAAAAUGUGUUUGAUGAAGCCAUUGUGGCUGCAUUAGAACCGCCUGUAAAGAAGAAGCCUGUCAAGUGCAGUAUCUUGUAAAAUAAAAAAAUUCCCUUAGUCUAAUAAUCUCUUCAUGAAUGAAACCUACCGUACAC